AUGGCCCUUAUUCCGACGUUUUAUAGAAUCAUAAAGAACAAGUCGGUGGAGGAGUUUCAUGUGUAUCCUUACCUUGCUACCGUGUUGAACUGCAUCUUCUGGAUUGUCUAUGGCUUGCCCUUUGUCCGUCAUGACAGCAUCCUUGUCGUCACCAUCAAUGGCGUUGGGCUUGUGAUAGAGCUCAUCUACAUAUGCAUUUUCUUUUCAUAUGCUCCAAACAAGGGAAGGAAAAAGGUGUUCUAUUGUCUCUGCGGGGAAGUUGUCUUCAUUGCCGUGGUGUCACUGGUGUUCCUACUGGUUUUUCACGACCACAAGAGAAGAAUUCUCGCCUUUGGAAUUAUCUGCGACGUGUUCAACAUCAUAAUGUACAGCUCACCUCUUACCAUCAUGAAAAAAGUGAUCACCACAAAGAGUGUGGAGUACAUGCCCUUCUAUCUCUCGCUAGCCAACUUUCUCAAUGGCUGCGUGUGGACUGCAUAUGCCCUCAUCAAGCUCGACGUCUUCAUACUGAUUAGCAAUGGUCUCGGGGCGCUCUCUGGUGCGGCACAGCUCAUCCUCUACGGUUGCUACUUCAGGUCCACGCUGAUGUCAACAAUCAAAAUUUGA